GUUUAGUAAUAUUUAUCAGCAAAUUUUAAGAUGGAAAAUCCUGAGCCCAAGCGAAGCCUCAGUGCGGAACUGACAAUUUCCUUGUCAAUCCUUGGCGUAGCCCUCUUCUGAAUUUUGUUGUCAACUGUAAUUAUCAUUAUACAUCUCUUGAAGAAGCCACGGGUUAACCCUGAGAGCUCCAAAGAGAAGACUAAUAAUGAAACCCCGGCUAAAUAGAAAACUUUCAAGAAGUGGCAUUCAAGCUGGGCCUAAUUUACAUUUGAACACUAGUGAGAUCAACCGGAUCCAAGAAGACCUUGCCGUCGAUAAGUCCACAGCCCAGUUCGAUAAGUCUAAGCAACACCACUCAGAAAUUUGAGAUGAGGAAUCUCAAUCAAAAAGGCUCGAUGUUAGCUCCUCUGAGAGCAAUUCACAAGAAUGCCGUUCAAACAUCAGCAAUAUUCCUAUGUCGAGGAAUCAGUAUCAUCUGCCUCCAAUAUCGAAGCUACAGACAGGAGUUCCGUGCUAAG